GGUGGGCUUGCCUUAAAUACCCAGGGUCUGCGGUGCGCGCCCGCCCCACGCAUGGCGAGGCAGGCAGUUGCAGCGAGCUGGAAAGCCGGCUUCUGAAUGCUUCUGUUUACGGAAGCACGACAUACUAACUUCACAGUCACAAAGCACGAGCUUUUCUUGCAUCUCUGUGUUUUGAUAUCUCUUAACCUGAUUCCAUGUUAUCAGUCCAGCUGCGCUGAGAAGCGUGCAAGCGACAAAGAGCAAAACUAAAGAACGCAGGUCUAGUUCUAGGUCAGGAGAAAUGAAAUCAGCUCAAUUUGGAUGCAAUGUCAAUACUGAAAUCAUGAACUGAAAAUGAAAUGGUUUUUUUCCUCCCUCUUUGGCCAUUUCUACAUAAAGGUGUCCAUGGCAACUGCUAGGACGUGACAGUGCAUUCAGGUGCUGACUUGCUAGUUCAGGCUCACCGGCAGCUGGACAGCAACCCACUAUUGCCUUCCCCCCUCACCACAAAGUGAUCCUCUUUUAGUGUGGACAAUGGUUUUUGUUUAAGGACUUGGUGUUAUUUAAUUAGCUUUCCGGCAUUUUUAUGGCCACAGCGUGACAACGCGGUGCUGAGACUAUACAGUGAGCUGCAAUGUAAAAAAUAUAACUAAUGGAAAGGCUUUAGGCACUUCAGUUCCAUUAGGCUCACUGAAAACAAAGCUGUGAUUUACAAACAUGAAUUUUGAACUUUUGUUUGUCAUAACAAUUCAAAGUUACCUAAACAGCAGCUUGCAGGCAAUAACUAUGAUCACUGUGGGAUUUCCUGCAUACAGUAGGUGUCACCUAAUUGUCACCUAACAGUAGGUGAAAGCUUCGUGGCUUGAUAGAGGAAGGGACAACAUCUUGGACUGGUAACGGCUGGAUUUUCUCCAUCCAUUCACCUUCUACUCUCUCCAGCUGCCAAGCACUAUCUUGACGAAAACUGCUUAAAUCCUUAAAAACAGCAUAACCUUUUUUGCAUGUCUGUUAAAUUCUCUGCCAAACGUCUGACUCUGCUAGUUGAGUUAAAGGAGACUUCCACCUUGUCAUUCUUGGGUAAUGCAAAUGUAAACAACCUUUAUCUUUUCAAGAUGAAAGUAGAAUUGUAAGUACUAGACAUAAAGAAUAUAUGUCAAUUCUUUAGAUCUGAAAUUAAGCAAAAGUAGCCAGGAGCCUGGCUGGUUCUUUUCAUAUGCCUAAAGUCUCUUGGUAGCUAAUCACUGUUGACCUCAUGAAUUACAAUGACAAGAUGGAAUUCCCUGUGUCUUCUAACAAACCUAAUUCCUAUUUGUUGAAUGUUGCAGUUUGAGAGUGAUUCCUUCUUGUGUUUGUCUUGGCUUUGUGUAAACUUGUUCAGAAUGAAGUGUGAUUAGUGUUGUCACUUAACUCUGAUGUUGUCUCUUUUCCCUUCCUUUCUGCCUGCCUGCUGCUUUCAUUCUGUAGUAUUGGUAUUUGCCAUUCAUUUCACCUUCUGCAUCUAUGCAUCUCAUGGUAGGUGAUAGGCUUUUAAUAUGAGAUUAGACUUUCUAUAAUGUUUCUAAUUGCUAAAUCUGAAAGCAGAAAUGAAAACUGCAUUGAAAUGGCUUACUUGCCCCCGAACACACUUACUUCAGGUGCUAUGAAAAGCUAAAAACUAUUAUAGCUUUUUGUUUUGCAGCGUGUUAAUGACCAUCUAAGCACUGGUCUGAUUUAAGGGCUUCCAAGAAGAGUCAAAUGAGACAUGCUUGCUUCAGAUUCAGGAAAUGUUGUGGUAGUGGCUGUGAGAAGAGGCAGGUUCUCUCGUAUCCUCUGCAAAUCUAGCAACCGUGUAAAGGAAGGGCAAGUACUUUUGAUCCUAGCCAGGCACAGAAAGUGAGUGUAUACAGUACAAAUGUGCCGGUGUACUCAGUCCUGACCUGAAGCAGUCCUUGCUGUUCCUGUUCUAGGUCUGAUGAGCUGAUGUUAGCUUAUUGUGGUAAAUUGUGUGGCUGGAUAACUUUCUAAGGAUCAGAUUAGUAUUAGUUUUUCAUGGUAGUAAAAUGUAAUAACUCUGUGAAUGGAAGAGCAUUUUUUUGUCCUGUUGAAAGGAACCAUAAAUAGAACUUAACACAUGUUACCCAUUUGCAGUGCAUUUAUGAAACACAGGCUACAGAAAGCGGUUUGAGCCAUAGGCCCUUUCAUCUCUAGGUCAUUGGUUGAAAUAAAUUCAGGCCCCUGGCAACUGCAAGUUUUUGCCAUCCAGGAAUUAUUCAAUAGCAUACGUGAAAUGACUUGGAGGUGUCAUUCCAGUUCUCUUGGGAAGUGCUGAUUAUGGCAGAGAGACACUAAUUGGCAGCUCACUAGAGGAGCUAAGAAUGGCUGCAGAGUGUGAACAGCCUUCUAGCUGGCCUCUUCAGGUCAGAUUUGGUAGAUGUCAACGGGAAGUGCUGUGUGUAUGGGGAGAGGGAGGGCACGAAAGUGCUCGGUUGUUCCUAAUCAAAGGAGGCGAUCUCUUUGAAACGAGAUUGAAGUUGCCUUGCCAAAAUAUGAACUGGGAUCUCUGCUUAUUAAGCAGCAAAUUCCUUUGAGGCACCAGGUUUCUGUUCCCCCUUUUCAGGCCAGCUGAAGCAGCGCUGGACACAGACACAGGAGCGCUCAGUCAGUUUUCUUUUUGGCUUGUGCUAAACUGCUUUUGCCUCUGUCUAGAACUCAGAGCUCUUCACGCUGACGUACGGAGCUCUGGUCACGCAGCUGUGCAAGGACUACGAGAAUGACGAGGACGUCAACAAGCAGCUUGACAAAAUGGGUUACAACAUAGGCGUUCGGCUAAUAGAAGACUUUCUGGCCCGGUCCAAUGUGGGAAGGUGCCAUGAUUUCCGUGAAACUGCAGAUGUUAUUGCAAAGAUAGCAUUUAAAAUGUACUUGGGCAUCACUCCAAGCAUCACCAACUGGAGUCCUGGAGGUGAUGAGUUCUCCCUGAUUUUGGAAAAUAACCCCUUGGUGGACUUUGUCGAGCUCCCUGACAACCACUCAUCUCUCAUCUAUUCCAACUUGUUGUGUGGAGUGCUGCGAGGUGCCCUGGAAAUGGUUCAGAUGGCUGUGGAUGUAAAAUUUGUGCAGGACACAUUGAAAGGGGACAGCGUCACAGAAAUAAGAAUGAAGUUCAUCAGGCGGAUUGAAGACAAUCUCCCAGCUGGUGAAGAGUGAAUUGCAGCCCAGUCUCCCUUUGGGACUUGAGGGGACCAGCUGGCUGUGGCUGUUAGCUUUCACCACAGAUCUGUAGGGAUAUAGUGUGCUUUUAUCACAGAUCUGUAGGGAUAUAGUGCCCCUGUACAUUCAGACUGACUCACUGACUGUUUAAGAUGUUAUAUUCUUCUACCGUUACUUCCAUCUUCCUUAGAAGACAAUUGUCUGGUUGCUGUUUAUUUCACAGGUUCAUUCUGAAGCUUUUUCAUAAGGUGAUGUCUUUUUCAUAUCCCUCUGGGGACUCUUUCUACGCCGUUUCUAAUUGUGAUAUUUGGUAGUGUGAGAACUACUGCUCAAACUCUAAAAGAGCUUCAGUCUGCUCAAAUCUGAAAUCCAAGUUUUAUAACCAGAAUUGGAGAUCAAGAAAUGGGUGCCCACUGAGUCUGUUAAAUGCUGUUCUUAAAAAGAGGUUGCUAAAAUGCACUCUGACGUAAGCGCAUAGUAUAUCUGUAGACCAAACUGGCUUCCUGUAAUUGAUUCUGAAGUUACUAGUAAAACGCAAACUUGAUCCUAAGGGGUGAUUUGGGUGAGCUGUUUUAGUGCUUGGCGUCCUGUCAGGGAGGUUCCUUCUCUCAGAGGGCAAUGGCAUCGCAUAGCGCUGGCAGACUCAGGAGGUCUGCGCUGCCUGGGCCUUUCUGCCCCUCUCUCUUCCCCCCAGCAGCGUUUGUGAAAGCAGACUCAGCAACACCGUUCUCUAACGGGAUGUUGUUUGUGUGUUGGUCUCUUCAUUCACCGUCUGGAAGGGGAGGGCUAGUAAGCUGUAUGGGAAAAGCACUGAAUAUUUUAAAUGGAGAAACGGAACUAGUGGCGGGAAUGCCUUUGGUGUUCUGCAGUGUGUGCCGCUUUGGGCCUGUUUGGUGGGAUGACAGAACUAAAAGAUGGAACUCAGAAUAACAACUGGGAAGCGUUAAAUGCAUUUCAGCAAAUAGAGUCUAUUCUCCUCUUAAAUCUCCCUUCACAGUGUGAAGGGGAUUCCAGGGUACAGUCUCACGUGUGUGUUUAGGCUAAACCGCAGUUUUCCAUGUUAUUUGAAUUGGCAAGAUACAGCAGUCUAAUACCUGCUGUUGUGUAGAGUAAGUACACAAAGUAAUGCUAUGUGUCAGAAACCAAGAAAUUGCAAAAUCCUCUUCUUCUGCCACCCUAUUCAGCCAGAAAAUGCAGUCAGACAUUUAAUUCUCUAAUCACUUUACAUAGCAUGAAGGCACAAAUCCACAGGGAUAAGUAGGAGCCUGAAGUCCCUAGCUCCCAUUGGCUUCCACAGGAGCUAGUGGCUUGAACACCUUUGUAGGUUUAUGCCUGAGUGUAAGGUGUAAGAGAAAAAGCUGCCAUUUAUGCCAUAUGUAUUGGUGGGAGUCAGGCUACAGACCUCUUGUGUUUCUCUAAAGUAAAAUAUCCAGUCCUGUAAGUUCCUUCUUUGUUGUACUUGAAACGUCCCAAAUAAUUCACCCUGCUUUAGGCCAGCUUGAGUCUGCAUUUGGGACAAACACUGUCCCUCUCCCUUGGAAGGGGUUAGGCUGAGGUGAUGGACUGAACUCUACAGGCUAAGCCCGUUUCGCCAGGGGGGGUUUUAACUAGGUUGUGGAAGGCUUGAAAUGAACCUCUGAGCUGUGACCAUUCUCAUUAGUUCACCUGCUAGUAAUUUAGGGUUGUCAGGGGAGGCAGGUUAUUGCACAUUGAAUCAUCUGGACUCUGGGUGGCUCAGCUAGUUCUUUUUUUUCCCAAAUGAAUCCCUUUAGGUUGUGCGCGUGGAUGCCCCUAUGUGAUUUGUAUGUCCUGUAAAGGGGCAGUGAGUCUCUUUACAAGCAGUCAGAGAAUUACAUCAACAGCUGCGGCUAAUGUGUUGGCGAGAUAGGUGCUGCGUGGUCAUGUUGCAAACGUGCGAAAAGAUCAAUUGUUUCUCAUCAUUGAUCAUUAUAAGUCAUUUUAAGGCUGCAUUUUAAAAGCAAUUACAUUAAAAGAAAUCCCAGCGUUA